UAUUUAAAUAUACAUUUAACAACUGACGUUAUGCAUAAAAGCUUGGUUAUUUGAGCACGGAUUUUUUAAGAGCUAGAAAUGACCUUGAUUACACAACUUGUACGCUUCACUUCCCCACGGCUGCCGUUUAUUUGCGGGAGCUGCAGGAGAUUUUCAGUUAAAACUGCAGCUGUGGAGCGGGUCGUCUCCUCGUUUCGUUCUGUCACCGGAGAUGAAGGCGUGUCUGUGGGUUCUGCUGUCAGAGAUCAGCAUGGCAGAGAUGAGUCUGUGCACAGAUGCAGACCACCUGAUGUGGUGGUGUUUCCUCGGUCAGUAGAAGAGGUCAGUGCUCUAGCCAAAAUUUGUCACCACCACCGAUUACCCAUCAUCCCAUUCGGCACAGGGACAGGCUUGGAGGGAGGUUGUUGGUGCUCUGCAGGGUGGAGGUGUUUCAGUCUGAGAAAGAUGGAGCAGGUCGUUGAUCUUCACCAAGAGGAUUUUGAUGUGACGGUAGAGCCUGGUGUGACACGCAAAAGCCUCAAUUCAUACCUGCGGGACACUGGUCUCUGGUUUCCUGUUGAUCCAGGUGCUGAUGCAUCUCUCUGCGGCAUGGCUGCAACUAGUGCGUCAGGCACGAAUGCAGUCCGCUAUGGCACAAUGCGCGAGAACGUCCUGAACCUGGAGGUAGUUUUAGCAGAUGGAACAAUCCUCCACACAGCAGGAAAGGGGCGUCGUUCGAGGAAGACAGCGGCUGGAUACAACCUAACAAACCUUUUUGUGGGCUCCGAAGGAACUUUGGGUAUCAUUACCAAAGCCACACUCCGAUUAUAUGGCGUUCCUGAAAGUAUGGUGUCAGCUGUUUGUUCUUUCCCAUCCGUCCAAUCAGCAGUCGACAGCACCGUUCAGAUCCUUCAAGCUGGAGUCCCCAUUGCCCGUAUAGAGUUCUUGGAUGACGUGAUGAUAAACGCAUGCAAUCGUUUCAACAACCUGUCCUAUGCUGUAACACCCACUCUAUUCCUGGAGUUUCAUGGGAGCUCCAAGAGCAUGGAGGAGCAGGUGUCUGUCACAGAGGAGAUCACCCGGGAUAACGGAGGCUCAGACUUUGCCUGGGCUGAAGACGAGGAGACCCGCAGCCGGCUGUGGAAAGCCCGUCAUGAUGCGUGGUAUGCUGCCAUGGCCCUGAGGCCUGGAUGUAAGGCAUAUUCUACAGACGUUUGCGUGCCUAUUUCGCGACUACCUCAGAUUAUAGUGGAGACGAAGGCAGACUUAAUCAGCAACAAUAUUACCGGCCCUAUUGCAGGACACGUGGGUGAUGGAAACUUCCAUUGUUUAAUCGUACUGGAUCCUAAUGAUCCAGACGAGGUGCAGAGGGUUCACUCCUUCACCGAGAGACUGGCCAGGAGGGCACUGGCGAUGGAUGGAACUUGUACCGGUGAACAUGGGAUCGGUCUUGGAAAACGGGCCCUGCUCAGGGAAGAGGUCGGUCCACUGGCCAUUGAGGUCAUGAAGGGCCUCAAGGCCUCCCUAGACCCCAGAAACCUGAUGAAUCCUGGGAAGGUAUUGGAAUUAACACAAACCACCACAGAACAUUAAGCAAAUACUUUGUAUUACACUUGAGCACUAGAGGUUAGAAGAUUUAGACUGAUCUGCACGGAAAAUGUAAUUCUGGUGGAUUUUGAGUCAUUUUAAUGUGCUUAUCAUUCAAGCUUCAUACAAAUGAUUGUAUGAAUUGUUAUUCAGUAUUAUUGUGAAAACAGUAUGAAUGUAAAGAGGAUAUUUGUAAUUUUCCACUGCAGUCUCACUAUAAAUGUCUCACUAUUCAA